AUGGCCACUUCCUCUAGUUUCAUUUUAUGUUCUUUGCUCCUGUGCUUGGUCUCUUCCCAAACCCUAGCCACUACUGGUUCUCAGCCCAAAGCACUAGUUAUUCCUGUGACCAAAGACUCCUCAAAGCUCCAAUACACAACCCAAAUCAAGCAAAGAACACCACUUGUGCCCAUUAAGCUGACCAUUGAUGUGGGUGGGAAUUUCCAAUGGGUGGAUUGUGGAAGCGGGUACUUGUCGUCUUCCUAUAGGCCAGUCUCUUGUGACUCUCAAACCUGCACGGCUUCAGGGUCGGGAGCAUGUACGGCAGAAUGUUACACUCCUCCUGCUCCUGGGUGCUACAACAACACCUGCAGCCACAUGACUAACAAACCGUUUGGCAACAGCGGUGGCAUGGGCGAGAUGGCCUCCGACACCACCGUCAUCCAGUCCACCGACGGGAGGACGGUUGGGAAGGCGGUCACGGUGCCGGGGGCAGUCUUCACGUGCGGUGCCACUUGGCUGCUUGGGGGCCUCUCUGCUGGUGCUCUGGGAAUGGCCGGGCUCGGACGAUCAGAAGUGUCCCUCCCUGUCCAAUUUGCUUCUGCUCUCAAAUUUCCCAAAAAAUUUGCCAUGUGCUUGAGCUCUUCUUCAAGCUCCAACGGUGUCAUAUUCUUUGGCGACGGGCCUUAUGUGUUCCUCCCUAACGUUGAGGUCUCUAAGUCACUUAUGUACACCCCAUUAAUCCUCAACCCGGUAAGCACUGCAGGAUCCUAUUUCCAGGGUAACCCAUCAACUGACUAUUUUAUAAACCUCACCUCCAUCAAGAUCAAUGGAAAAGCAGUCCUGCUGAAUACGACGUUACUGAACAUCACUGAAGGCAAUGGAGGGACAAAGAUCAGCACCGUUAAUCCAUACACAGUGAUGGAAACAUCAAUCUUCAAGGCCUUUGUGAAGGUGUUCAGACAAGAAACCAAGAAUUUGACUAAGGUCUCGUCCGUUAAGCCAUUCAAGUACUGCUUUAGCUCCAGGAACACUCCGAGCACAAGAGUGGGACCGGCUGUGCCAAUCAUUGAUCUGGUGAUGCACAGCAGCAGUGUUUAUUGGAGGAUCUUCGGAGCAAAUUCGAUGGUGCAAGUGAAGGAAGAUGUCAUAUGCUUGGGUUUCGUCGACGGUGGUUCGAACCCAAGAACGUCCAUUGUGAUUGGUGGAUAUCAAUUGGAGGAUAAUAUUGUUCAGAUUGACUUGGAGAAAGCAAGGCUUGGAUUUAGCUCCUCUCUUCGAUUCAAGCAAACUACCUGUUCCAACUUCAACUUCACUUCCAGCGCGUGAGUGGGGAUUUGUCUGUUUCUCGUGCUUUCUGUGCAAACUUGUGUGACG